AUGUCGAAGCCACCUAAGCCCCUUCAUGACAAUGUCUUGCGCACCAAGUCUCGCUCUCCGCUGGGGAGGGCUGUCUUCGUCGGCCUCCGCGCCGCCGACUUAAUUGCGGCACUUGGGGGCUCUGCUGUCGUCUCAGACAACAUCUGGAACACCUCCAACGGCAGUUUCUAUACCUACUACAGCCUCGUCGGCUUGCUUCUACCUCUGGGAAGCAGCAUCAAGCAGAUCGCCGCCAUGCUAUUUGUCUCCGACCAAGAGACCCCCGUGGGUUCCGCUGCACUGAUCGCAUUCUUCAACACGGUCUUUAACAGCAUCAACACCGUUCUCAGUACGAACCUAUUGGACUUCGCCCUGGCGAACCCGGCCGUGGCCCUUGGAGUCAGCGCCUAUCUGGUCGGACUCACGACAGAAGCGAUCUCCGAGUUCCAGCGCCGUGCGUUUAAGAAGGACCUGGCAAACAAGGGCAAGCCGUUCGGCGGCGGGCUGUUCUCGCUGGCGACGAAUAUCAAUUACGGUGGGUAUACUAUCUGGCGGGCUGCGUAUGCAAUGGUGGCUGGCGGGUGGCCGUGGGCGGCGGCUACCUUUAGUUUCUUCUUCUAUGACUUCGCGGUCAGGGGUGUUCCGGUUCUGGAUCAGUAUCUUGCUGGUCGGUACGGGAAGGAAUAUGAGGAUAUCCGGACACGAGUGAAAUAUCGGUUGAUUCCUUGGGUGUAUUAA